CACACCGGAAGAAGACGAGUAUGACGUAUAGGCUGCGUGUGACUUGCGAAAUGGAGAUAUGAGGUGUUUGCAGGAAACGAACCGCUUCAUGUGAGGACGUCUGUGGUCGAAUAAAGAGGCAACGCCGACCUGGAAACAAACACAUCGGCCGAUACGAAUGAGAUGCAGCACUCGGUAGGAUGAACAGCAAUCAAGAAGAAGAUGAGUUUGUGGCAGUGCGGGUCCAAGAUCCCCGCAUGCAGAAUGAAGGCUCGUGGAAUUCAUAUGUGGAUUACAAAAUAUUCCUACAUACCAACAGUAAAGCCUUCACAGCCAAGACGUCCUGUGUGCGUCGGCGCUAAGAGUUCGCCUGGCUCAAGAAGAAGCUGCAGAAGAACUCUGGUUUGGUGCCGGUCCCAGAACUUCCAGCAAAGUCUUUCUUUUACUUCAGCAAUGAGGACUUCCUGGAGAGGAGAAGGAAAGGACUUCAGGCCUUCUUGGACAAUGUGGUGAACAUGACGGUGUGUCUGUCAGACAGCCAGCUCCACCUCUUCCUGCAGACCCAGCUGCCGGUCGGUCACAUCCAGGACUGCGUGCAGGGCCACACGCCGUACUCCGUGACGGACGCCAUCCUCACCUACGCCUCGUCCAACCGGGGCUACGCUCAGGCCCAGGAGGAAGACUCCAUCAAGGAGCCGAGUCUGACCGUAUCGUACGAGUCCAUGGAGAGCCCAGCUCCUCAUCAACCUUGCUUACAACCUAAAGAGAUCCUCAACCCUGAGCUUUUGGCCUGCGAUGACUCUAAUCAUCCAGAAGAUUUACUGGAGCUCUGUGACAAAGACACCAUUGAGCUUCAGCACAAGGAGAAAUCCUCAGUGAGGGUCCUCCAGAAGGACAACCACCUAGAGGCCGUCGUUGAGGACUGCGGUCCGACCAAGGCAACCUUUUUUCUGGGCGACAGACAGGACGCCCCGGAGAGUCUCGGCCUUGCAGAGCAGAUCCAGCAGAGGAGCUGUCAGAUACUGACACCGGUGGAGGUGCACUCUCCCAUGGGUGCUGGCCUUGAGAAGAACGGGGUAGACGGCCUGUUUGAGGAGGAGUGUUCAGUGAGAGAGGAGAGCGUUACGACAUCGGAUACAGAAGAAAAGACUGUUCCUCAUCCGGACACAGAGGAGGAGGCUGAUCAACGGGAAAGUUCAGGAGAAGCAAAGAUGGAAAACGUUGAGUCUGAGCCAGAAAAAUGUGCAAACUCUGCAGACAUUUUAGAUUUUAAGGACAGUGUCUUUGAGGAACAGGGAACAGAAAGCGGCGCCGGACCUCAGGAGGAAGUUCUGGAAGUCGUCUGCUCUGAGCAGCAGGUUUUAGAAACUCACGACAUCUCUGAAGUCAACGGUCUAGAAGGCGUUGACGGCACGGAGGUUCACGUGGAAGACGCCGGCUGUCCGGAAGAGUUUGAGAACUCAGACGGACAAAAAGAGCCAGACAGCAAAAACAAUGAUGAAGCUGGGAGCGAAGUGGAGACGCCGCUUCAGUCAGAAAUCCAUGAAGAAACACAAAAUGUGCUGAGUGUCCCAGAGGUGGACGGCAGCGACGAGGACAUUGUUCAACAAACGGACCAAGCGGAUCUGGUUCGGACCACGGAGGACAGCGACGAGGACGGCCACUCAUCUUCCAAUGAGAGCAUCGUCAAGGUCAGCGACGAAGAAAGCGUUUAUGACGACGCCGAGGACCCGAUCCAGGCCGCUAACGGCUUCACGAAGACGCCUCCCGAGGAGGUCGAGCACUGGUCACCAGUAGAGGCCUCCAGUAGAACCAGCUUGGACCUGCACAUGAAUGGAGGCUCUGUGGAAAAGGAGGUUGUUUCCGCCGAGGAGGACGAGGACCUGCACUACAUAACAGACAUCAGUGACUUGAGUAAAUCUCUGGAUUUGAACUCGACUGUAACCGUUGGUGAUUUAACAGAAAACAGUGACUUCAGCGUCUUAGAGAGCAGCUGCACGGCUGGUGUUAAAUGUACGGAGCAGGAAAACGUGUCCUCGCUGUCUUAGGACGCCUCGGAGGAGACUCAGGAGGUGGAGGUGCAUUAGUUAGACAGCUGAAUGACACCCCAGAGAGCAACAGAAAUGGAUUGUGGGAGUUGUCGUCUGCCAAAGACGCAUUUGAUCACGCACACGUAAACAAGGGAAGUACAUAAAAAGUCUGCUCGUAUACACCAUCUUAAAAAAUUUAGAUGAUCCGGUCUGUCACACUGUCACAACUUCUUUUUAUUUUUAAAUGUGUAUAUUUAAUUUUAAAAGGUGCAUCUCCAUUAACACUCAGGUAAAUUAAAUAUCGGCACAGUUUGUUUUUUUCUCCUCUUCUGUGGAUGAUGAUCCCUUUUGAGAACAGCAGAGGGUGCUAGAGUUCUUAAAAAUAUCUAAUAUAUAUAAUAUUUUUUUGUUUUUUAUCCAUAAAGAUUUAAAGGUUUUAUCAUUGUGUAAACAUACGACAUGAUUCUAUUUUUAUUUUAAUGUGAUUUCUCUGAAUUCUAUUCAUGUUGUUGGAAACUUUUGCAAAUGAUGACAGAAAUAUACACUUGAAUUAAAAGAUAGAAUCACAUUUUUGCUUUAAGGUCUAUAUUAAUACUCUGUAUGGCCUUUUAUAGAGCUUGUGGUUGCUGUAGUGGUUCCUGCUUUUUGGUAGACGCGAUUGUUUCUCCUGUCCAUACUGGCUCUGAAGGGAGUAUGGACAGGAGAAACAAUCGCGUCGACCAAAAAGCAGUCUGAAUAUAUCUUUACAGUCACCGGAGACUUAUACACAGUUAUUCUUACUCUUAUUUACAUCUUGCUAAAUGUGAAACUCACGAAAAAUCACUGUUUUAAGUAAACCACUGUGCCCUAUUGAAUCCUGAUAAUUAUGCAUUUAAAAAGUCUCUGAUCUUAAAUGUGUAUAUAUACAACAAUCCUGUAAUAAUUAGCUUAAUCCAAAGUAAAUAUAGAAGUCACUAAUUCACCACCAAAGGAGGGUUUAAUUUGUCUAAAGAUACAACAUUUUUAGAGAUCAACAUUAAACUGGUUUAGUAUCAUGUUUGCGUUUUAUAGGCAGCACUGUUAACCUGAUAUUUAUUAUUGGAGAGGGAAAAGAAAUUUGAGGGAAUAAUGAAUUAUCAGAAUAAUAAUCGGAACCCCUGUGCAAUAGACAUGUGAUCCUAAUGAUAAUGUGCAUAAUGUGUCAUUUUCUGCUCUUUUACUGCAUUAUUUUAAUGAUCACAGCUCUCCUGAGACGAAACAGGGUCUGGUAGGAAGUUUACAUGUUGUUUACAAUAGUUGGUUUAAGGAAUAGUUGAAGUGUGGUUAUAUCAGGUACUUAUUCAUAGUCGGUGUUUUAUCUACAGUAGAUUGAGGUCGGAGUAAAGGACAAAGCAUAUUGUCACCUCUUUACUACCGCUGCCUUGUUUGUUUUUGUUACUGUUUGACUUGAAUGGUGAAUCUGAACUAACCGUUUAAAACAAAAGUACUCAUACAACCCCGCUUAAAAAAAUCCAAGUUCUCGUUUUAAGGUGAUCAUUUUUUUUGAAGUAUACUUCUGUGAAUACAGCCUUACUUCCAUUUAUUUUUAAACUCGGCUGCAGUUUGACCUCCACAUUGUUUUCACACACUACUACUGUUGUUUGUGAUUUUAAAUAAUUUUGUUGCUUUUUAAAAAGGGACCCAGUCUCACUGGUUUAUUGUCCCGUUGAAGGAGACCUCUAUUUUAUAACAUGGAUCUACAAGGGCAAUGAUAACCACCUGAGUGACU